AUGUCGUCCGAGAAUAGGAACGCCUCGGGCUAUGCCCCAUACUCACACGACGAAGUUACCCACCAACCACAAGGUCAGGGGAUCCGGUCGUCUGGCCCCUCCGACGCAACCGAAGCAAGAAACACCACCCAGCAGGAGAACGUUGACGAAAAUUUCCAACUUCAGAACGAAAACGAGGAUGCCGACGAACAGCUCGAGACGUUCGCCGAGGGAGAUGUUGCUCAUGCUGUCCAACGAAAGAGCGGGACGCAGAAGGCGCCCGGGGAAGAAGUUGUCGAGCACGACUUUACCGAGGAGCUUGAUAGGAAAAAGAGGGAACAGGCUGAUGCCCGAGAAAAGAUCAAGGCGCAGAGGAGCGCAGGGGUCAAUGUUGACGGAGGUUUGGGCAGGGAGAGGGUCGGGAAUGAGGAUCUCCGGGAUGUAUGA